GAGGGAAAGCCCAGCUUCCCGGCCGGCAUCUCGCCUGCCUGCGCGACUCCUCCAUUUGCGAAGCAGAGUUCGUGUGCCUCGGUCGUUCGACGGGUCGGCGGUCUCUGCCACCGCCGUUGCCGUGGCUCUGUUCGCCGUGUAAGAUACUCGAACCACAACCGCCUGAUCGUGCUUGCCUGCCUGCCGUUGCUAGCGUCAGACACCGUCGUCGUCGCCUUUUGUGAACCGCACGACAGCUGCUGUCCGGCGUUUGCGAGGCAACGGGAAGUGCGUGAAUCCCGCUGCGUGCACUGUUUCUGUCGCUCCGUUUCGAAGGGGGUGCUGGCUUGCCCUUCGUCGCACCUCGUCCGGUAGACCGUCAAAGGUCGUUCAGCGGAGAAGGUGUGUGCGGCCAGUUGCGGAUGAUUCGUCUGCCGGUGUUUUGGCGUGACGGUGGUGUGGGGGUCGGCAGUCCUGCCGGCGUCCGAAAUUGCGUUCCGUUCGCGUCGCCGUCCCUUGAGCGCAUCGGAGGUACUUGCGACGACGAACGCGAAACCGUGACCGGCGAAGUGCACUGACUUCGGAUUUGACACCAGAGACUACGAGUCGAAACUCAAGAGCUACAGCGUCGGAGCCAACGCGGCAUCGUUUACGAACCGACUUUCAAGGCUUUCCAAGAGGGUGACAGAGAUAUUGACCGUCAUCACAAGGAGUCGAAGACGCAAGGAAACGAGACAUCGCUGUCUCCACGGCACGUUCCUAUAAGCGUCUUCGCGUCGACGUGCCUUGCUGGACAAGAUUCUUGUGACGUGACAUUCAAGACGCAACGAACCUGGCGCCGCGUUGUGCAAGGAACCGAUGCCUUGGAACAGAAAGGAGGAGCACCUUCGCUUCAGUAACAACGUCCUCAUAAAAGGCGAGGCCUCGGCAUCGGCAUUGGUGGCGGCAGCUUCCGCGGCUUCCUGCUGCGGCGGCGGCGAUCGGCCAAGGAAGGCGAGGCGGCGGCGGCGGCCGGUCCCGGCGGUGCGCUGGCUUCCUCGCGCCACCACCCGCAGCAGCCGCCCGUAAGAUGCGCCACCAUGAGCAGCAUCGGCAGCGUGGGCCGCAACGGCGGCCUGCUGGCCAACGGCAUGCCCUCGUCCACCGUGGGCAACGGAGGCGUCAAGAAGGACAACUCCGCGCCGGCCAUGGCCGCAGCGGCCGCCAACGGUGGCACGGCCAACGGGCCCCUGCUCGAGACCACCACGGUCAAGAAGGGCCUGCUGUGGCAGCAGUGGGACAAGUUUUUCAGUCGCUGGAAGGAGCGCUACUUUGUGCUCACCAAGGACUACUUGGCGUGCUUUAAGAAGGAAUCCAAGGUCGGAACCUCCGAGAUGGGAGGAUUCCUUUACAAGGUGAACUUGGCAGACGUGGAGGGGCUGCAGUGGGCCGACAAAAAGCGGACGGGAGUUAUCGCCCUUCGGGUGGGCACCGAGGGCCAGCUCCUGCUCUGGACCAACUGCGGCCUGGACGACUGGAUGUUCGCCCUUAGAGACGCCAUCGGUCGGAGCAAGGGGCGCAGAGAGGCCCUCCGCAAGGCGCACACGCUCGGCCCGCAGUUCUACGACGCGGGACUCACCAAGAGGCAGGCGUUGCUGCUGCAGCACACGCUCACCUCGUCGGAGGCGCAGUCCCCAUCGUCGUCGGUGCGCACUUCAACCUCGUGCGAGCUGCGGUCCCUGGGCGAGCGCACCCCUACGCCCAGCCUGACGCGCCGGGCGCAGAGGAUGUCGGUGGCCACCGAGGCCAGCGACAGCGGCUGCAGCAUGGCGCAGCCGCCCGGCUCCGCCAGCGUGGACUACGACACGCGCUCGGUGCCCUGGUCGGCCCCGCUCGGACCACGGCCCACGGGCUCCUACAGCUCGCUCAUCUCGCUCGGUCAGCGCUCCCUGGGAGCGCACCGGCCCUCGCCUCGGUCCCUGCAGGUGUCCCCGGCCCUGGCGCAGCGCUCCCUAUACGCGCAGCACGUGCUCAACUCGCCCGAAGUGGCCAACGGCCGCAACGGCGGGGUCCGGUGCGGCGGCGUGGGCGGGGCCACAGCUUCCGCGACGCUCGAGUUCGCCUACAUCCGUCCCGACUCGCCGGUCACCCUGACGGGGCCCCGGCGCAGCACGCUCGACAGCGGCCACUGCCAGCGAUCCCAGUCGUCCUGCUUCGGCGGCGCCAGCCCGUUCCUGCAGCUGGGUGAGCCGCAGCAGCAGCAGCAGCAGUACCACAAGCUCCUCCAGCAGCAGCAGCAGCGGCACCACCGAAACCACAAGCACCACCAGAACCACCACCCCGCCGCUCCUCCGUUCGCCCUGCACGACCUGCGGGCCGCGCUGCCGGGCCAGGACGACGAGCCGCGGCCGUCGUCCAUCUACGGCCAGCCCUCUCUGACGGUGGUGGGCGACCGCGCCGCCUACUCGGUGCAGCCGCCCGACGUGGUGCCCAACAACCACGCCUCCCGGCCGUCGGCCUCCAAGCUCAUGAAGCGGGCCGUCAGGGCGUACACGCACUCCAAGUCGGACUCGUCGUUCGUGCUCAAGCAGAGCCCGUCGCAGCUUCAGGGACACUUGGCCGUGACCUGAUACGACGGCGCGCGCCCCUCGAACCAUGUCCCCCGACGUGCUCCAUCUUCCGCGCUCCUGGUCGGCAGCCGCCAUCAUCGCCUUCUCCUGUCCGACCUUUCGGCGACCGCGCUGGGCUCGAAGCCGCCGCUAAAGGACGAUGGUGGAGCUCGCUCUUUAAAGUCUUGAGCGGCUCUGCGUGUUGUGUCAGGUUUCGCGGUGUGGAGCGCCGUGGUGGCGACGCUGAGCUGGUGCGACGCCUUUGUUGGUGACGGCGCUAACUGCACGGCGAGUGAUGGAUGACCAGUUCUCUGCGGCCCGUGUCUCCGAGACGUCCCCGUCGGUUCUGCCUGGCUUUGUCUUUCUCUCGGUUCCCUUCUGUACAUGCCGAUCAUCCGUGACGUACUUUUUUGCCUUAAUGUUGCGCCGGUUUUGACUAUUAGUUGCCACAGUGCGCCUGGAGGAACUCUCACCCUAAAGACUUUGUACGGUGGUUAUGAUGAGUACGAAUUGUGUUUUGUAUUUGGCGGUCAAGCUGCCAUCCGCCAGUUUUGCACGUGUGUGUUUUUUCUUGAUCGUCGCUUGAUGACUCGCGAGAGCCGCAAGAAGUGUGUACAAGCAAUUUAACUUACUGAAACCUGAACCUGGACGCCGCAGUGCGGUGCAAUCAUAGAACCACGUGUUUCUAUCGGCCCACCUUUCUUCUCAGCCCGUUAUUUUGCCUCUUUGUUUUUUGUUUUUGUUUUUUUUUUUUUUUUGCACUAGAAAAUUGAAAUUUGUGAACUGAUCUUACAUGAGAGUUUUUGUGAUAAGAACUCCAGAUAUCAAGACGCCCCUCACAAAAUAAACUUUUUUGUUUUGCCGCACCUUUCAGGACUACGUUCCGCGAAAUAGCGAGCUAGCACGCUGGACGACGCGGUUUAAGACCUAAGCCCCAUGCAGCAACAAACGAGUCAGUAGCGAAACACAAGCAGUUUGAACGGAGUCGGAUAGACGAGAUGAAAGCGCGAUUAUGCCGUUGUCUCUGUGCAAGCCGUGUGGUCCUUCACCUUAGCCUUUUCCGGGGCUCCUCCCUUUUUUUGCCUAUGCAUUUUUGUGGUGUACGCGUUAUUUUCACUUAGUUAAUGACGGGUUCGGUCAAAGGACGCUGUGAAUACUUGGAGAUACGAGAGUGGUCCCCGUCUUGGCGCGUUGGGUCAAGCAGCCGCUGCCGUGUACAUGUCCUGCCCUCGCUUUCGGUCACCGCAAGCGCUUUCGUUCUCUGCGGGUCUCUCAGAGCAGUUCGAUUGUUACCCUAGACGAAUCUCAUCAAGCGAAUGAGACGAAAAGCACGUAGCUGCUUCUUUACAUCUUUUUUUUCUCGGCGGUCGCGAGUGUACGCGAACGAAAUGCACAACCCUAGGAAAAGCGUGUACCGAAGAAAGAAAAAGAGAACGAGAACAACUCGGCGCGUGGUUCUUGCGUCUGCAUGCCCUUGCAUAUAUUGCGCGGAGUGCGCGGUGUCUGUUCCAAGCGGCGCGCGCCCAGUGUUGAUAGAAUCCCAGUCGAAGAAGGCUUAAUGGAAUGACUCUCGAAGCGGCUUGCACCGUCGCUUUCCGCAGUUCUUUUGGUUGCACCCUAACCGCUCCCGCAUUCGCCACGUUCCCGCGAAUUUCUCAAUCGUAUGUAUACUAUACCGUCACCAUACCCUGUAUAGUAGGUCCCGCUGUAAUUCACACGCCGCUCCCGUCUCGUUUUCAACCUUUCCUGUAGAAGUCAACCACCACCAACCUGUGCGAGUCCACUGUGAUAUAUAUUUUCUAUUGUACGCGUGUGCGUGUGUGCGUUCCGUGCGUGUAACUCGUCUGUGAGAGCCGGUUGUAAAACAGAGCGUCGUGCGAAGUUUCACUCGUAUACGCAUUUGCGCCAUUUUUCCCCCCUUUUUUUUCUGACGACACUAUUCAGUUAGCAUAACUGCCCGCUUAGGCGUCCCUUGGACAGUCACCACUGUCAGACAGUACACACACGAUCACACACACACAGGCGCUUGCCAGAGGUGUACGUACACGACAAGGUGUGGAGUGACGAAGCACGAUAGUGCGCGUAGACUUGACUGCCACAUUCGAAUCUUGUUGAGAUAUAUGUGUGUAUCUCUCUCGCUGUGUGUAUACUCCGGAACAAGAGUGUAAUGUACAAAGUAUAGUAGUGCGGUGGCACCUUGUGUACCAUUUAGUCACGACGCCGUUCACUUAGCGAGGCACAGCAACACUUAAUUAGGUGCACUGCACGCCAUGCGGGCCUCGUGAUCGAAUCUCCGUUCCGCGCCGUAUAGGCGCAUUCAAAUCUACAACCACUGCGUGCGCUCCGUCUUAGCGGCUGCGUACACAAACAGAGCUGUCACGGCCGAGCAACUGAAACGUCGUUCGAGUCGCACACGCGGCAAGGGUCACAUGCGACUCCUGUCACCUGUGUACACACUGCAUUUGAAAGAUGGUGGUUAGCUUAGCGAACUCGACAGCGACAAAAAUUAGGCUGGCUAAAUAUCUCGAGUAUGUUCUUUCGAGCUGUAUUACGGAGCUACUAAGACGGAGCGCGAACUACAGAGCGUCGGCUUCAUUCCGCGUCCUUCCAAGAGGCUUGCACUGAUGCCCGAUACAUAGCCUCUACGGACAGUCCUUUGAAUGGCCGUAGGGUAGUCUUCUGUGUGUCACCGCAUACUAUUGCGAGGUGCGGUUGGUUGGCGAAUGUCGGUCGCCUGGUGCGCACGGGCAGCACAUGGUAGUGCAGCCCGUUUCUCACUGCCAAGACCUGAAAGGUGCACCCACGAACAGGCAGAUGGUGUCGGCGCGUACUGUGACUUUUUCUAAGCUCGACUGCCAGGCAACCUUGCUUUUAAGCUUUCUUUUCUCUAAGAGCCUCCAAAGGUUGGAGUGCCCUUGAACAUAUUCCUUAGCAAGAGUAUCUCGUUCCUGAGGUCUCUAUUACGAAAAACUGCGGCCAGAUGUGUUUUCGGUUAAGUCAGUUCUUUCCAAAAGCUUCUUCUCCGUGGCUGUCAUAGGCAACAUCUUGAUGUGAGCGAGCGUGUGAUAGGUUGUGAGUCAUUGCUGGCAUAGGGGCGGAGUCUGUUCCGCCAAUGUGUAUGUCGCGGCCUGCUCUUGUAACGUUAUCGUGUCGACGAGUUCGUUCUUCAUAAAUGUCGGUAACGUGUUACGCGUUAUGAGGAGGACAUGAUUUAACCGUGCUUGGAAAUCUUGUGCUUGCAUGGCAUUUCCCAGAGGAUCUGGUUCCUCGUUAGUUUCAACGUCCUGUUGUCUCCUUCUGCAACUGUAUUACCAUACACGGAAGGUGGGAAAAGGUGACGCCACAAUUUCAAGUGUAGUCGCCUUUGGUAACGCACUUCUAGGAUAACCAAUCUGAUCAGUUGUUGAUAAAAAAUGAAAACAAGGAAUAGGUUUACGUAAUGACUGCAUUCACUGGCGCAUUGCCUCAGUUGUGCAGUGCAUGAGCUGCUGAUGUAAGCACAACUCUGCUUUUCUUGGCAUAGUGUGCUUGCCUACGUCUGACUGUUCAAGUCACCUUAAUAGUACGCGAAGAAACUGUUGUGAUUGCGAAGAGAUGCAGAUCUGAGAAAAAAUGUGUUUCAAUCAAUGGUCAUCUUUAUGUCGGAUGGGAUGUGUUGGCAAAGCAAUUGCUCAAUUUCAUUCAGCGUGGGCCCGUUGUGAAACCCUUACAAUGGUCCCUUACAUUUUUUUUUACGUGCAUUUCUUUCGACGCUGAGUAACCUUUGAUGCUCAUCGCUUCGUGCAUUCGCAAUGGAUUGCGUUAUAAACGUAUUGUUCCUGCGUAGGUACUCUGCGGUCCAGUGAACUUUCUUUUUCUUCUCUAUUAGAACUGCUUAAUUGUGGGGACCACUGGCCUCACGCUCAAAACUGUGUCGACGUAUCAAUUGCAACGUUUUCGUAUUAUAGCUGCAUACGCAGCAAUCACGUCGGUCAUGACCAAUUCUUCUAAGCUUGACAUCACGUUCACCUUGUAAAAGUGAAAUCUGACUUGUCCUUAUAAUUGCAUACUAAUGCUUUUCACGGCCGCAACUGAAGCGAUUGCGCAAAGCAACCGGUUCUGGGUCCCCGCACUGUUUAAACUCGGACACGUUCACUAUUGGUGACUACGACGACACGCGUCUGCCUUGUUUCUCGGUUUAAGAGUGCCGGCAAAAACUGCACAGUCUUCGAUAGCGCGCCUGCGGAGAGAGUCUAUCGAAUGCCAACGCAAUCUUUUUCCGUUGAACGUUCAGUCUGUAAUGGAUAUGUUCCAAGGAGAAAUAUAUAUGCUCACAUCAAAAGGCAUGCUAUAUCGAGGAAAAAUAACGCGGCAAUAAAUUACGCUUUCCCACAUGAGUCCGUACAUCGAAUCGUAUGACUCCUCCGUUAUAUCUCCCUUUCUUUGCUCAGUUGAUAUUAAUGAUACGAACGAAUUAUACGCCUGCUGCUAACAACGAGAGACAAUUAAGAAAGCUGAAGACAAAAACUGUCAAAAGUGAGAAAUGUCUGCGAACGUGGUAAAAACAGGUGUACACGUCUGGUUGAUAAGCGCGUACCACCAGGUUGGUAAGAGGCGCUGACGUCACGUGUGGUCUUCGCGCGUGUGCAUUAAGUACACUUAUGCAUUCGUCGAAUGAAGUGCCGCAAGACCCAGUACGGAAUGAAUAGAAACGCAAUAUACAAAGUACAAUAUGAAUUCAGAUAUUUUGACGACGCAUAUAAAUGGCAUAAAUCUUAUUAAAGAAAUAAAACUGAGGAGUGCGAAGAUUUACUGCUGAAGCAGCAGCCUGACAUCCACCGCCAAGAUUUAUGUGUGGAUGUGGCAAAAACGUGUGCUUGCCUAAUGAACGCGUACGUAUUUAAUAGCUCCCAAAUUUAUGACAUUUAUCUUACGACACUCUGUUACCUCCGUCGUCGACAUGAAACAAAGAGCCGAAUGUGUUAGUUGUUGUUUUGCUGCUUUCCCUGAUCGCAACUUGCGCUUAGCGGACGUCUUUCUUGGAUUCAUUCAGUUCUUUCUGUCUCGACUUUUCUUUUUUCUGCUGAUGUCUUCACAGGAGGAGAAAACCGCGGAGGUCUGUAGUUCUAGUCAUUCAACAGUGUGUGCUUGCGUGGGUGCGCGUAUGUGUUUCGCUUUUUUUUUUCUUCUCCUCUAGUUCCUAAACAACCUCCGGGGAUGUGCAUCCAGCUGGUAUAGUUUAACCGAUCAAAGGAUAUAAGAAGGGAGAUUUGGAGACGCGAACCAGAAAGGAGCUCUUUGUCUGUGAAACUAUUUAUAACCCGUCUCGAAUGAAUCUCCUGCUCUGUUUCUUUCUCUCUCACUUUUCUAUUUCUUUUGAAAAAAAAACUGAGUUCGAUUUGACGCACACGUGUUGUUACCCGCAUCACUGUGAUGACGAUGCGCGGCUGUUAACAUCAGUACUGGUAGCGAUGACUAGCGGAGUUCUUUUCAACUACUGUAUGCUAGAAGCCACCGAUAUACGAUCCUUUUGCCAGAGUUUAUUUGGCCGAAAGACAGCUGGGAGUUAAAACUACGCUGCUGACAGAACUUUUGCUCUAGCACACGAAAAAAAAAAAACGCAGUGGCGCACUGGCGAUAGCCGUUUUGCGCAUCUCGGUUUAGGAACAGUUUCACGAGAGUACGAAGUUUGGCUUGUUGGUUUUGUGGCCAACGUGGUAAACAGCGCAGAUGGCAGAAAAGAGAGGCGGACCACAACAUGUUGUAGCCCUGUGGCUCCCGUGCUACGUACGACUAGGCUUGGCGGUAAUAGGGUAUUGGUAACACGUGCGCGUCAAGCUGAAACAUUUCACUGACGUCUGUCCAUCUUUUUCACUUUUCUGACACUGAUGUGUCACCGUCUGUUUCUCUCCUGGGUGAUGAGAGUGGAGCACACAGUGCCUCUCCACAAAUCUGAGUGUCUCUUUUCUCUAAUAACUGCGUGUCACUUCCCUUACUGUCUUCGUCUGGAUAUUUUCUUUUUCGGACUGAAUUGUGCGCAGCCACACUGAACCAUGCCCACAUGUCGGUUAUUUUUUUCCUUCUCUUCGUUUUUUUUUCAGUUUUUCUUUGGAUAUAUUUACAAGACCUCGAAUAAAAACUUGUAUACUGUGAA